AUACAGGUAACUGAAUGAGAUACGCACAGACCACUGGCUAGCCAGACUGAAAGCUGGCGUCCUUCCCAGCAUCCUGGAGUCACAAGACAGGGGACUCAGAGCGGACGGGGUCUCAGAACUCGGGACCCGGGCUCCCAGGGCGGCGGCGCUGUUCCUGGUGCUGAAACGCGCGGCCGCGGCCCUCCGUCCCGAGUACCGCUCCGCGGCCGCCGCGGGAGCUGUCCAGUGCUGAACGCGGAUGCGGCGCGGCCCGACCCGCGGGGCUUAGACCCCAGCCUGCCGCACCCAGCCGAGCCGCGAUCGAGCUUCUUCGAGCUCUGACGCAGAUCGCAGGGAGAGCGGGCUGCAGCGAGCUCCGAGCCGAGCAUGGACCUGCAGAGAUACGACUCCUACCAGGGCGGAGCGGGCCCUGACUUCAAUGAGCACGUCCUGCAUAAGACCAUCCUGGUGGGCGACAGCGGCGUGGGGAAGACAUCUCUGCUGGUUCAGUUCGACCAGGGCAAGUUCAUCCCCGGCUCCUUCUCGGCCACCGUGGGCAUCGGAUUCACAAACAAGGUGGUGACUGUGGAUGGUGUGAGGGUGAAGCUGCAGAUCUGGGACACUGCAGGGCAGGAGCGGUUCCGCAGCGUCACCCACGCUUACUACCGAGAUGCCCAAGCCUUGCUCCUGCUGUAUGACAUCACCAACAAGUCUUCCUUCGACAACAUCCGGGCCUGGCUCACUGAGAUUCAUGAGUAUGCCCAGAGGGAUGUGGUGAUCAUGCUGCUAGGCAACAAGGGAACUGAAAUACAGAGCCCGGCAGCAGGCGGGCGAACCCAGCUUCCAGAUCCGAGACUACGUGGAGUCCCAGAAGAAGCGGCCCAGCUGUUGCUCCUUCUCAUGAAUCCCCAGGGGCUGAGAGGAGGCUCCAAAGGCCCACGUGGAUACAGCCUUCUCCCCCAGACUGGCCUGAUUCUGAGACACCGAGCCAUUGGGGAAAGAGUGGGGGGACCCCGUGAACAGCCCCUUCCCAAUUGGGGGCUAUACCCCGCCCCUGCUCCAGUUCCUGUAGCUUCUCUGCAUCCCCUGGGAGGGUAAAAUAUUUAUAUUUCAUUUUAGUGAUACACAAUAUAACACAGGAAAAAGCAGCACCCGAAAACCACGGUAGGGACCUGGUGGCCCUUUGCCUUCUACUGUACCCUAGGACUCAGGGGUGGGCCUUCCUCAUACCGGUGCUGAGGGCAGUACUGCUCCAGCUCCUGACCAGGAAACAAGCACUGCUGGGGCCCGAGGGCAGGCAGCGCCUGCUCCCCCUCUCACUCCAGCUGGAGAAAUGCUAAGCAGGCCCUGCCUUCAUUUCCUCCAGCUCCACAGGGAACGAUCUUUCCCCAGAUAAAGGGCCCCAUGCUGGGGUCUAGACCAAAGCUUGUCUGUUAUCAGGGAAGAUCAGAAGCUUGGAGGAUGGGGAGGGGCAGAGAGGAAUGGCAGAGGAUGGGUCUGUUGGACUGCGUCUGGCCUUACCAGCCCUGCUCCAGGGGGUGCACCCCUUUCCCUCCAGCCCACAAGCACAAUGGGGCACCCCGAAACUUUUGGUUCCUGUUUUCUCAACCUCCCUGAGUCCCUGGUGUUAUCUUCCUUCCCACCGUUGCCCCUGGACACCUAGGGUCAGAGCAAGGGAAAGGUCAUUCUCCUGCCCCAUCCCUGCGGCAGAUACGCAGUCCACAGGCUGCUUCUUUAAGCGGCUGUUGUGCUUCUUUCUCCCAGGGAAAGAGUGAGAUAAAGAGAAACCCCCAACUCCUGGGGCAGGUGGGGAGCAAACCUGAGCAAACCUCACCCCACAUGUAUCCCCCGACACCCAAGUGCUGCCUCUCCCACACCCCUUCUUAGACUCCAGGGCCAAAACUGCUUUAACCUCCUAUUGAGACAUGUUAGGGAAUGAGAGGUCAUCCAUUUCUGGGUAACCAGAACGUGUGCAAAACACAUGGGUUAAGACUAGGGUGGGGAAAGGGCCAGCAAAGGAGUUUUAUGGGGGGCCAAGGUCACAUGUCCCCCAGAGCCUUGACCCCAGCAACUGGAAGAGGCCAGGAGACAUGCAUGGAAGGACCCACAGGCACCUUCAUUCCAGCUCUCCAGGACCAGGGCAAGGGGAGACGAGUGAGAAGGAGGUAUGCGCUGCACGUUUCUGAGGCUACUGCUUUUGCUUUCAAGGCAGAAAUCUUGCUGGCUGAGCAGUGUCAGCAGCUCCAACUUGGGCCCCGAUAAGGAAGCUCUCCGAGGCCUCUCCCAGGCGGAGCAGGGAGGAGCCUGACCUUGCCCAAGGCAGGUCACUGGGGAUCCAGGCGCACAGGCUGC